AUGAAUGAUGUCAUCAUUCCACUCAGAAAGCGGAAGUGCCAGAAUGUUUUGGUCUUGGAUCAGCUGAGUAUGAGAAUGAUAUCAGCAUGUGUUCGCAUGCAUGAUCUAGCUGAUGAAGGCAUUACUAUUGUGGAAGACAUCAAUAAGAAGAGAGAGCCUCUAAAGGGAUUAGAAGGUGUCUACAUCAUCCAGCCAAAUGAAAAGAAUGUGAUGCAGCUGAUUGCAGACUUCAAGGAUAUCAACUCUCUUCAGUACAAAUAUGCUCACAUCUUCUUUACAGAAACUUGUGAGGAUGCAUUGUUUGGGAGAUUAUGCAAGAGCCCUGCUCAACGGUUUAUCAAGACACUCAAGGAAAUCAACGUUGCAUUCCUACCGUAUGAAUCACAGGUGUUCUCUCUUGACUGUCCGGACAGCUUCAAUGUGUUUUACAACCCUUCUCGAUCACAAACACGACCAAUGUAUGUAGAACGCAUGGCUGAACAGAUAGCCACCCUGUGCUCAACACUCGGUGAAUACCCCGCCAUCCGUUAUAGAAGCGAGUUUGACCGUAACAUGGAGUUUGCCCACAUGAUCCAGAACAAGCUAGACGCCUACAAGGCCGAUGACCCCAGCAUGGGUGAGGGUCCUGAGAAGCGUCGAUCACAGCUCCUGGUCAUCGAUCGUGGCUUUGACCCCGUCUCCCCUCUCCUUCACGAGCUCACCUACCAAGCUAUGGCGUAUGACCUGCUGCCCAUUGAAAACGAUGUCUAUAGAUACGAGCAGCAGGGUGGUAGCGCUCCGGACUGUGAAGUUUUAAUGGAUGACAAAGAUGAGAUGUGGGUUGCCCUCCGUCAUCAGCACAUCGCUGUAGUAUCACAGACUGUGACUCAGCAGUUCAAGGAAUUCGCCCAAGGCAAGAAAAUGGGAUCAGGAGGGGAAAAGACAAGUGUUCGUGAUCUGACUCUGAUGAUCAAGAAGAUGCCGCAGUAUCAGAAAGAAUUAAGGAAGUACACUACCCAACUCAAGCUUGCAGAGGAGUGCAUGAAUCAGUACAAGAACAACGUUGACAAGCUUGUACGCGUUGAACAGGAUCUCGCUAUGGGUAUGGACUACGAUGGAGAGAAGGUCAAAGAUCACAUGCGCAACAUCGUCCCCAUCCUCCUUGAUGCCAAGAUCUCAGCGUAUGAUAAGCUUCGUGUGAUCCUUCUCUACAUUAUUAGUAAGAAUGAUGGCAAAGUGGGUAUCACUGAAGAGAAUCUGAAUAAGCUGAUUCAACAUGCUGCCAUACCUGACACAGACAGACCUAUCGUCAAUAACAUGGCCCAGCUUGGCGUACAGAUCAUCCACAAUCAGAGAAGCCGUAAGAGCAAGCCCGUGCAGCGUAAGGAGCGCAUAACAGAACAGACUUACAGGAUGUCACGAUGGACUCCAGUUAUUAAAGAUAUCAUGGAGGAUGCCAUUGCCAACAAGCUGAGUGACAGAGAUUAUCCUUUCUUGUCGGGCAGGAACAACACCGGAAGCACUGGGAGCUCUGGACCCAAGAGUGCUCGCUAUGGCAACUGGCACAAGGAUCGUGGCCCCCUGGACUAUAAGACCGGACCACGUCUUAUCAUCUUUGUGAUCGGAGGUGUAUCCUACUCUGAGAUGAGGUGUGCUUACGAGGUCUCUAAGGACCCGCAGUUCAACAAGUGGGAGGUCUAUAUUGGUUCAACUCACAUCCUAACACCAGAGGGAUUCUUGACCGAUCUGCGUGAUUUGAGCAGCAACUGAAUCACCCAACGAUCACCUCCAGCCGAUGGUGGCCAACCCAACGCACAGAUCUCCAUCCCUCGAUCAUCACCAUCUCCGAGGAAAUAGAGAGAAAGUUUCUCCGUUGCUUUCGUUCCUUCUUUUGCCGAAAAAAAGAUAUUGAUUCUGAAUAACCAUUCCAGUGUGAGUAGCAGAGUUUUAGCUUGACGCAUUGUAGAUUUCCAGUAGAGUUCCGAUGGGUUUCAGUAAAUUACAACUGUAUUCUGUGUUUGAAUGGAAAGUGUGAAAACAGUGUACCAAGGAGUAUACAGUAGAUGAUGUAUAUAUAAUAUAUAACCUGCUUGUGAGCUAUGGUUUAUUUAUUCCUAGUACGUGCAAGUGUAAAUAUCCCAUUUUCUAUCAUUACUUGUCUACUCGAACAGCAUAAUAUACUCUUUUCCCUGUGCUGUGUCCACACCCCGAUGUAUGGUAAUCCAGAUGGUUUAGUUUGAAAUUAUGAAACAUUUUCAAUGGGUGAUUGCACCGAGUCGCUGCCAUUUUUAAUACGAGGCAUUCCAAAUUUCUUACCCGAGUGAAGAUUCUUCAGAUCUUGUAACUGUCGUACGGUUAACUUAGUUUUUCCAUCUGUCCUUAGCUCAAUCUAUGGAUCUUGUUCAUGUUCAUAUGAAGGGGCAAGAUGUAUGGAAAGCAGAUGAAAGCUCUUAUGAAGGGGAUUAUGAUGGUUCCUAGAUUGGUUAAAUUCAGGUGAUAGGGUUUUAAUCUCUCUCUCUCUCUCUUUCACAACCUGACCUAUAAUGAAAAAAAAAAUUGAGUAAGCUCUCUUCACUUCAACCUGCCAUACUCAAACCAUCACUACUCAAGCCAUAUUCAGCUCAUCUUAUCUGGUUUACAGUCCUUUUCAGGACUUCACUCACUUUCAAGAAAAGAAUACUUCUAAUUUUCUCUUUUCAUCCUAUCUCGUCUUUCCAUUUCAAUCUUGCUGCCUGUAUUUCCUUCCCUUCUUCAUAUUACACAUGGUGAACCGUAAACCUUCUUCAUGUUAUAAACUCCACCAUGCAAACCUACAAAGAUCAUCUAAAAAAAAAUUGUUAAAAUAAAAAGAGUCAUGUAUGAUGACCUCAAAAUACAGGCACUUUGGCAUAUUCUUACAUAUUCUUGAGGAUACAUUACUGCUUUGUUGCUAUUUCUUAAAUAUUGCAAUAAUUGUGAAUCUGUUGAACAAUUUCACUUUUUAAAUUACCGGUAGUAUAUUUGGCUAACAGAAAAAAAUAAACCACCCGUUGAUUCUUUCUUUGAAGAAAUAUACUACAUGUACAGGUACAUAACUGAAUAGCACAUAUCCCAAAUCAUCAUUGGUCUCUUGUGCAAUGUAUUUGAUUUUCGUCAAAGGGGUAUAAAGAGAUCAUGUGAUUUACAUGUAUGUAUAUAUUUGUAUUUGAGUCUUGAAAAGAAUCUCAUCCUAAUGUAGUAAUGUACAUGUAUGCUGACUGAACUGGUUUUUAUCCACUCACUAUUCUUUGAAUUCAUGAUAUGGUGCAAACAGUAAUGUUUUUUUUCUCUUACAGCAUUGAUUUUCAUAGAAAUCAAGUUAUCCCUAGUGUCACGUUAAAAAAAUAUGUAAAAAGAAUCAAACAACCAUGAUAAGCUGAGUAAAAGGUUAGCAUUUUGGUGUUUUAAAUUUCAUUUCAUGAAAAUGUAUUGGGAUCCAUCGCUGCUCUACAUCAUACAAUGCACCAUCUCCGCAACCUGGCCAGGCAACCAUGUUUUUUUUUUCUCAGAGGAUCAGGGCUCUUGCUAGGACCAGUUUAUGGCCGGGUAAAAUAUGAAAUAUUGAAAUGCUUGUAAAUUGGAGAAGUGCUUAAAUACACCCAAUUUAGGGAAUACAUGUAAUUAUAAACAUUUUUGAAAGAAAGGGAACCCACUGAAUAUAGGUGCUGUUAUGGUGCAACUAUAGACUUCAUACCCGGUAUCCAUUUCCAUCAGCUUUUGUAAAUUUUUAUUUUGGAAUUUUUGGAGUCUCGAUGUAAAGUAUUUAUUACUUCAUGUACUUAAAAAUUGUUAUGUGUAGAGCAUUGGCUUUCUAUAUAAUGUAUUCAAAUUUAGAUAUUUUUGUUGGCAUUUUUCUUUCAGAUAAUCCUCUCCCUUUUAAUGCUGUAAAUCUAACUCUGUGUAAAACAUAUAUAUACCUAAUAGUAAUAAGUAUAUAUUACUUGUUGAUGUAUACUGCUUUACUCAAUAUGUAAAGCUGAAAAAUUACAUUAUCCUAAUCUCUAUCUAAUCUAUUUAAUGUUUGUGGAUCUUAAUUUGAAUGUACCUCUUUAAAUGCAGGCAAUGGUUUCGGUUGGAUUGUUAAAUCUUCAUGAAAUGUCAUCAGUCUUAAAUCCAAAUUGUAAAAUGAAUCAGUUCAUAAACAUACACUAUCAGAGUUUCUUCAGGCAUUAAUGUGAUAUUUAAUUGACUAUUACUAGUACUGCUACUUAAACUUGAUAUUUUUAACUUUCACUCUUUAAAGGUAAGAGAAAGUGGUUGCAGCACACAAUUAUUUCAUGAGAAAGUCUUUAAAAUCAAGGUCGUCACCUUAUUAUCAUAGAUCUACAUCUGGUACAUGAACAUAAACUUUGUGAAACCAUGAAACCUUAACUGAAUAGUGACAACACUUAUGAUCACUAACACAGAAAAGUAUAUGUGGGACAGUGUAUUAAUAUUGCUUGGCAAAAUACCCAACAUUUGAUUAAAUCACAUGGUUAUUUUGCACACUUUCUCAGCAAUUACACGUUCUCUUUCAGAGCCAUUUGGCUUUGUUUUUUUCUUUGUACAUACAAACACUUUGGUGGGCAUUUUAUUUGAUUAAGUUCGAACUCAUUUUGAGAUCAUUACCACAAUUGGCAUUGGCAAAUGGGUUGUUAUUGAAUUGGGGAGUUAAGGAACAUUUACUGCUCCCCUCCUCCAUUCCUAGCGAUUGAUGGCAGGUUUCGUUUUAAUAGGGGCUGAGAUACUCUUCUGGUGCUGCUGUAAUUUCAACUUCACCAGCUUUUAUUAAAGAUAUUCAUCACCAGGGCCCCAUUUCAUAAAGGACUUGCAACUGUUGUAACUUUAUUAUAAUGGCAACUACCAAGGUAACAGGGCUCAGCAGCCAAUCAGAAUCAAGGUUUCCAUGGUAGUUGCCAUAAUGGCAAAGUUACAACAGUUGCAAGUCUUUUAUGAAAUGGGCCCCAGAUCCUCUUCUGAAAGGUGGUAGGGAAUUGUGGGACUUGGCCGAUACUUAAUCAUUUCUUCUACCGUACCGUAGAUGGUGGGCUGGUGGUAUCUCUAAAUUGGAUCUAGCAUUAGUUUGAGAAGUUUUCUGAUAUCAAUAGCAUGGCAAAUGUUGUGCUUUAAGAGUACCGGUACUGUAAAUAUAAAAUCUGUUUCCUCUAUGCAUAUCUAUUGAUAGAAUUACUAUGAAUGUCAUUUCUUGCUUACAACUUGUUCCGAUGGUGUGGUAGGAUUUUAGCUUUUCUAUGAUUUGAAUCUCAUUACGAUUAUCAUUAUGUGCAAUAACAAGCCUCAAUGUGAUGCCCUCUGUCAAUACAGUAAAUAUUAUAGUGAACAUGUUAUUUGAUGUGAUUUACAGUAUAGAUUGGUGGAGAUGUAAUCCUACAUAAUCGUAGCUUAUGUAAUUAUAGCAAUUACUUGCAUUUACUUAUGUCAUGUAUACUAAAUUUGUAAGGUCAUCAUAUUAAGAGUGAUAUAUGAAGAAAAUAGAUAUUAAAAGGAAGAUCUAUGUAUACAAA